AUGAUAUAUUUAAAAAAUAAAUUAAAUGUACAAAAUAUUACUGAUAACCAAAAGGAAAUGAAUGAAUCUUAUAUUUAUAUUAAAAAUGUAGACACUGAAAAAUUAUCAAAUAAAACAAAUAAUGAAUUAAAAUUAUACGUAAAAUCAGAGAAAGGCUCUAUUUUGAAUUAUAAAAAUAAUAAUUUAAGUCAAAAUAGUUUUUAUAAAAAUACUUAUUUAUUAAAUAAUAAUAUAAGAAGAGAAAAUGAAUAUUUAUAUAAAAAAAUAAAUACUAAAGCACAAAUAGUUAAUAAAAAUUCAGGAAAUUUAAUUAUGUUAAAUACAAAACCUCAUAUAUGUCAAAAUAAGAAUGUAAAAUGCUUAAAUAAAAAUCUUCAAUUAAAGAAUUUCUUUUACAAUAAUAGAUCAAUAAUGAAAGACAGUAAAGUAAGUACACAAAAUAAUUUUGCGAAAAAUAAUAUAAACGCUCUUAUAAAACAUAGUAAUUCAAUGAAGUUGAACAGAGAUAUACAUGAAAAAAAAAAUUAUACUAUGAGAAAAUUUUCUGAAUUAUAUUGUGAAAAUAAUAAAAAAGAAUUUGGACAGGAAUAUUUUAUUCACAAUAAUAAAGUUAUAUAUAAAUUAAAAAAUAAUGAUAAUACUUUGUCUAAUGAAUAUAAGAAUACAUCAGUAAAAUUUCCAAAAUUUCUUUCUUUAAAUACAAAACAGACAAUUAAAAAUUGUUCUAAAGCUAUUAAAUCAAAUAAUUGUGAAAAAAAAGACUUUUUUGAUAAAGUUCAUUAUAAAACACAAAAUCAAGAUAUAAUCGAUUUAAAAAAUAAAAAUAAUUUUUAUCUUAAUAAUAUGAUUUCUUUUGUUGAAAGUAAUGAAUAUAAAACAAGUAACAAAAAUACAGAAAUUAGAUGUAACAUAUUACAAAGUAACAUUAGAGAAAAUAGUAGUUUAAAUAAUAUUCUUCAGGAAAAUUCAUACGCAAAACAAAACAUUAACGCUAAUGAUGCUAUUAGCAAUAAUAAAAAUACUUAUAAAAAUAAUAUAAGUUGUAAUAACGAGAAUUUAACUCAAUUAAAAUCUAUUAAUUUUUAUGACAAAAUGCUAGAAUACAAUUUUAUGAAUUUUAAUGAAAAUAAUAAUGUGACGAAUAAUUUUCAUUAUCUAAAUAAAAACAAAAAAGAUAUGCAAGAUAAAAAAAUAGUUGGAACCUUUAAUAGAAAACUAUUUCCCUUAAACAAAAGUUUUCAAGGAACAAAUUCAAAAAAUAUUUGCAAUAAUGUUUCUAGUAAAAUUGAUGUAAAAUUUUGCAAUAAUUUAAAUAGCAUUAAUGAAAAAGAAAAAAAUAUUAUUUUGAUGCCCACAUCAAAAAAUGUAAAUUAUUUUGAUGAAACUGAAAGACAUGAUAAAAGAAAUGAUUCUGUAAGUAUAUGCAGUGAAACACAUAAUAAAAAUGCGUAUUUGGAAAAUAAUGAAAAAAAUAUAAAGUGUUGUGGAAAAAAAAUAUAUGAAAACGAAGGAGAAAAAUUUGAAGAAAAAAUAAAAGAAAAUGAUGAAAAUGAGAUAAAAGAAAUGUAUGAAAAUGAAACAAAAGAGAAUGAUAAAAGUAAAAGAAAUUUAUGUGAUAUUGAAAAAAUGAUUAUAUAUCCAAGAACUCUUGAAAAUAGUAUAAAAAUAGAUGAUUAUAAAUUAGAAUUAGACAAAUGUAAACUUGAAUCAGAUACAAAGAAUAUACAAAUUGCUUACAGUUCAAAAAUAAAUAUUAACAAAGACGAUUAUAUGUGUAGAACAAACAACUGUAGUUUUUAUAAUAGUCACGAAAAAAAUAAUGUACAAAUUAAAAACGAUAAUAUUAAUAUGGAUAAUAUGAAUUUGAAUAUUUCUUCUAUGAAUAAUAGUAUUGAAUGGACAAAUGACAAAAAAAAAAAAAAAAAAAAAAUAACAAGUAAAGUGAAGUUCAUUUUUGAAAAUGAUUUACAUGAAAAUCAUAUGGUAGAGUUAUUGAAAAUUUUAAAAAAAGUUAAAAACAGUAAAUUUAAUAUGGAUCAAUUACCUUUAGAAGAAAAUGGUUAUGAAAAAAUUAUAAAUUACAUAAUAAAUAAUGAUAAAGGAAAUAUGAGUUACACAAAAUCUGAAGAAUUAAAAGUACCUAAUGAUGAAACAAAAAAAGUUAAUCAAAUCAUUACCAUAGAAUUAAAAAAUAGAACUAAUUCAAAUGACUACAAAAAUAGAAUGGGAAAUUCUAAUUUAAAUGAAAAAAUGAUAUAUGAAGAAGAUGAAUACAAAAAUAAUAAUAAUAAUAAUAAUAAAUCUAUAAAAAGUGUGAAAGAAAAUAUUUUCCCUAUAAUUAAAAAUAAUGAUACAGUGGAUUUAAAUUUUAAAAAAUAUUCUGAAAUAACAUUCGAUUUUCAAAAUGAAGUAGAAAGUUGUUUAAAUAUAAUUGGUUUAUCUUUUAAUGAAUUAAUUCACUUAAAUAAAAUAAAAGAUAUAUUUUGGUAUUUAUAUAUAAAAUCAAGGUUCUUUCAAAAUCUAAACAUUGUAGAUUUUUGUGAGAUGCUAAAAGAUAAAAUAGAUGAAAAUAUGAAUAAAAAUUACUUCAUGGAAUAUGUAACUCAUGAAAAUUUUCAAGAUUUCAGUAAAUCAAAUUUUGAAAAAUUUGACAAUAAAAUGAAGAUAUUAGAAAAUUUGUUUUAUUUAUUAAAGUCAUAUCCUUUAGAUUAUGAUGAAAAUAAGGGGUGCUUUUACAUAUUGCAUCCACAAAAAAACAAAAUGUUUAAAAAUUCUAAAUAUAAUAUUAUUAAAAAUAAAAUGAAUCAUCUUAAAUUAAUAAAAGAAGUUACAGAACAUUUUAAAAAUAGCUUUUUACUUUUUGACAAAAUAUUUAUUCCUAAAGAUGCUUUUUUUUUUGUUAAAGAUUCAGAAGAUAUUGGAUUAAGAGAUAAAUCAAAUCAAAUAAUUUAUGUACACCAAGCUUUAGUGAAUGAUUUAAAAGAAGAUAUAAAUGAUAAAUCUAUAUUUGAAAACUUUUAUUCCUUAUAUCCCCCAUUUAAAUCUGACUAUUUUAGAUAUAUUCAAAAAAAAAGAAUCCAUAAUAAAAUUAGGAAAAUAAAGGAAUAUAUUUUAUAUUAUUAUGAGUUUAAUUCUGUAACAGAUUUCUUUGAAACUUUAUUAGAGUUUAAUCAUGAGUAUAAGAAUUAUCAAAAAUCUAAUAAUUCAGUUAUAUCUUUUAAUCUAACGAAAAAAUUAUAUGAAAAAUACAUGAAAUUUAAAAAAAAAGUAAAUAACUAUAGUUUACAGGAUAUAAAUCAGAAUGAUGAUAAAAAUAUAACACAAAAUGAAUGCCAAAAUUAUAAAACUUUGAAUGUUGUUAAAUUAGGCAAAAAAAAUGAUAAUUAUUGUAGCAUAGAUUUAACAGGUGUAAAAAGAAUAAAUGAAAAUAAUAGAAAUGAAAAUUCUCAAUUCUUAAUAAGUGGGUGCUUCACUUCAGAUAUUAUUGAAAGUAAUAAUGUUAGUCCCCUUUCGAAAGUCAAAGAAGAAAAAGAGAAUGAUUUAAAUGAAGAAAAAAAUUCAAAUAAAAACAAUACAUAUAAAGGAAUCGAAUCAAAAACAUUAAAUAAAAACCUAUAUGAUAAAGAUACAAAAGGUAAUAAAAUAUUUUCAGUAAAAAAUGAUUUUACUAAAAGUUUUAGUGAAAAAACAAAUAUAAUAGAUGAAAAUUCUUUAAUAUAUGAAGAUUUUUUUAAUAUGAUUGAUACUCAUAAAAAAGUUAAAGAAGUAAGCUUUGAAAUCUUUAAAAUAUUUAUUGAAAAUUUAGGAAAAAUAAAAGGGUUUCCAAAUUUCACAUCAAUUGAUGAAUGCUUUUUAGGUAUAUGUUUAUGUGAUCCUGAUAUACCUAAACACAUAUUUAGUCAAGAAAAAAUGUUACCAAAAAAAAUGAACUUUAAUGGUUUUAUGAAUUGUAUGAGAUAUGUUCCAUACAUUACACCUGAUUUCCCAAUACCUACUUGUUAUUUUUCAUCAUCAUAUAAUCAUGCAGAUAUAUUUAAUUCAAGAAAUGAUUAUAUCAAUAUAUUAAAAUAUAAAGGGAAAAAUAAUAUAAAAAUUGAACUAAGAAAUAAAAUUGUCUUAGAUAUAAUAAAAAUAUUUGUAUUAAUAUCAUGGAGUUUUGGUGCUGAAACAGGAGUAUUUAACAAGUUUGCAGGCAUUCCCCAUGAUAGGAAAGUUGAUAUGGUAGAUUCUUCUUACUACAUAAAUUAUAAAUAUUAUUUAAAAAAGGACAAAAAAAUAAAUUCAAAUAAUAAUGAAAAUUUGGUAUCAUCUAAUAGUGUCUCAGAUUAUUUUUCAAGCAGUGAAGGAAGUAUGGAGAAUGAAAAAGAUAAUGAUAUUGUAAUUAGAAGAAAAAGUGAAAUUAACAAAAAUAAAACCUCUAAGGUAAAAAAUGAGAAAAUAAAUGAUGAAAGUUUGGAUGCAUACAAAGAUGAGAUACCAUCUAAAAAUUCGAAAAAUAAUUAUCAAUAUAAUAAUUAUAAUAAUAAACGUGAUAAUAAUGAGAUAAAGCAAUAUGACUCACUUGAACAAUUUUUUUUAAAGAAGAAAAAAAAAAUGUCUUAUAAAUUUAUACCAAAAUGGCAUAUGUGUAAUGAUAUAUUUUUAUCUAGACUAGUUUCUUAUGAUGAAAUACAGAUAUCUUUACACAAAAUAUUCCCUUUAUUUAUGAUACAAACAGCAUUAAUUUAUAUGAUUCAUAUAUCUUGUUGUUUAUUAAAUGAUGAAGAAUGGAAAUAUUUUUUUCAAAGCCCUUUUGCUCUAUAUAAUAAAUUAACUCCUGAAGAAAUUGCUCUCAGAUAUAUAAAAUUAAAGGGGUGUAAAUUUUACAAAUUAAAUAAUAUUAAUAUUAAUAAAAACAUUGAUAUACAUCAUGUUUUUAUGAAUAUUCCAGAAAAUAUGCAAUGCCAUGAAAUAUACAAACUAGCAAUAAAUGGGGAAAAUACAUCUACUGGUUACUUGGCAGAGCCAUUUGAUAUUUAUCACCUAAUGUUUGUUUCAAAAGUUUUUUGGUAUAUUUUUAGGUACUCAGAUAAUUUUCUUAUUUUAAGGUCAACUUUAUUAAAAAAAAAAAAAGAAUAA